AUGAAUUCUCCGGGAGGGAGAGGGAAGAAAAAGGGCUCAAGCGCCUCCAGUUCCCCGACUCGGGCCGCCGGGGCCUCCCCUUCAUCCGCCGCCGCCGGCCCGGCUCCCGCCCCACACCGCCAACAGGCGGCGGUGGCUUCUCCUCACAAGCGGAAUCUCUACUAUUUCUCGUAUCCGCUUUUCGCCGUCUUCGCCCUGCUUCGUUUCCUCGCCUUCCAGCUCGGGCUGCUCUUCGCCUGGCUCUGCGAGCGCCUCUCCCGCGGCGGGGCGUUGAUGGCCGCCGCCAAGGGCACCAGCCGAGCAGGCGAUGCGCCCGAGUCGGUCCGAGCCUGUCACAAGCGCGCCUUCGAGUGCAUCUCCACGGCUCUGCGCAUCGACGAAGACGAGGCGGCAGGACAAAAGGAACAAGCUGUUGAAUGGUAUAGAAAGGGAAUUGAAGAACUCGAGAAAGGAAUAGCUAUAUUAGUUAUUGGUCAAGGAGACCAUUAUGAUCGAGCUCGUCGCCUCCAGUCUAAAAUGAUGACAAAUUUGGCAAUGGCCAAGGACCGUUUGCAGCUGUUAGAGAAGAUGCAGGCAGUUAAGCCAAUUCCCAAGCUGCAAAUGGAAGUCCGUAGUGACAAUACUAACCUGGUAUGCCGCAAUGGACAUCUCCAGUCAGAAAAUGGAACUGUUCCGAAAAAGAAGGAUCCAUUGUCUCACAGUAGUAAUUCACUUCCUCGUUCAAAAUCUGUGGCAAAGGCUGGAUCCGGAGGAUUUUCUGGGCACCAAAGAACACCUAGUUAUACCGGAGUUUCUAAUUUUUCUGCACCUAGAGUUCCUUCAGCUGCAACUCAGAAGGCUACUCCCAAAAAUAAUAGAACCACCAAGCCUUCUACUCCUUCAUCUGCUGUACGAAAAAAGAAAGACACGAAGAUUUUCAGAAAUGUGGAUAGUAACCUUGCUAAUCUUAUUCUCAAUGAAAUUGUAGACAGUGGGCCAUCUGUCAAUUUUGAUGAUAUUGCUGGGCAGGAGUUGGCUAAACAGGCACUGCAAGAAAUUGUUAUCCUUCCAUCACUUAGACCUGAAUUAUUUACAGGACUUAGGGCUCCUGCACGUGGAUUGUUGUUGUUUGGCCCACCAGGAAACGGGAAGACGAUGCUGGCCAAAGCAGUGGCUGCAGAAUCAAAUUCAACCUUCUUUAACAUAAGUGCUGCAAGUCUGACAUCAAAAUAUGUUGGUGAAGGAGAGAAACUAGUCCGUGCACUUUUUGCAGUAGCUAGAGAACUUCAGCCUUCUAUCAUUUUUAUUGAUGAAGUGGAUAGUUUAUUAUGUGAAAGAAGAGAAGGUGAACAUGAUGCUAGCCGACGUUUAAAAACAGAAUUCUUAAUAGAGUUUGAUGGUGUAAGUAUUAAUUGUGGAACAGUAUUACGGCGAUUCACCAAACGAGUAUAUGUAUCAUUACCCAAUGAAGAGACUCGACUGCUUCUACUAAAAAAUCUCUUGAGCAAACAAGGAAGUCCAUUAACCCAAAAGGAAUUGGCACAAUUAGCUAGAAUGACAGAUGGAUAUUCAGGUAGUGACUUAACAGCAUUGGCAAAAGAUGCAGCGUUGGGCCCUAUACGAGAAUUAAAACCAGAACAGGUGAAGAACAUGUCUGCUAGUGAGAUGAGAAACAUUCGGCUGUCAGAUUUCAACGAGUCUUUGAAGAAAAUAAAAUGCAGCCUUAGCCCUCAAACCCUAGAAGCUUACAUUCGCUGGAACAAAGCCUUUGGAGACACUACAGUUUGAUCAACAACUUUAUCAAAGGAGGGGAGAAUGUUGUCAGCAAGGGACAGCUGAUUCAAACUAAUGCUGAAUGUUUACAAGAUAUCAGCAGUAUCUGCACUAAAAGGCAAGACUGAUUUUUAAUAGUUGAUGAUGCGUUCCCUUAACUUUAAUGCCCAACAAAUUUUGAGAGCACAGUAAAAUGGGGAAGAGAAUUCUACCAAAUGAAUGAUAGGAAAAAUGUACGUUGUGUCCUUUUUUUGUAUUUUCUAAAGGGUUGUUCAUGAUAUUUGCUUUGGUUGUGUUUUUCUUAAUCACUAAGCCUUGUUUUCAGUUUCUUUGUGUAUUGAUAAUGUGCCAAAUUAAACAUAAAUCCAUAUGCAUAAGAAUAUUAUUUUGAAAGGUCCACAAUAUAAAGCAUCUAUGUAAUCUGUUCUAUUUGUGAAGUUCCACAGUCAAUAUAGUAAUACAACAAAUUGGUAUACCAAAUGGCUUAAAGCUGUCCAUUUCUUUCUGCAGGAUUUUUUCAGAGCAUUUAUAAAUAUCCAUAGUAAGAUCUUGUUUUGGUAUCAUAGCCAAAAUGUGAAAUAGUAUUAAUUUAAAUCAACGACAGUUUCUCUUCAGUGCUAGUUUUUGUGUCCACAAUGACCAAAAGCCAGGGAAUUUUCCAUUCUGGUGGUUUUCUAAGAUAUGCAAGUGAUCAUAGCUGUAAUUACUUGUAUAAUUGGUCUUUUAUAUCUACCAUGUGCUUCAGUUUAUAGUUAUACAACCAUUUUUAAAAAACUUUAUUAAAUGACUUGUAAUAUAAUGAGCAUUUAAUAUUAAAGGAACAGAUGGAUUUACUUCUCUGUCUAAUAAGAUUGGUGUUUACAAAAUGAAUAAUUUAUUCAAUUAUAUGUUUGUUAUAAUAGAAAGGGUAUGAAGUAGAUAUGUGAAUAAAGACUUAAUUCAUUUUUUUAAAUUUAGUAAUUGUGCAAAAGGAUAGAGAAACAGGGAUAGAAGAGUAAGAGUAACAUUUCUGUUAAAAUGUUAUCAUUGGUUUUUGAAAAGUACUUUUAAACUUGAAGCAGGAUUUUAUGAACUUUAUUUAAAUUUUAUUUGACAAUACAUAUUAUUGGCAAAUCAACAAUACUCUUAAUCUUAAACUAAGAUUUUCACAUUUUUAUAGAGAUCUCUUCAGUUGCUUAUUGAAGAAAUUAUGCCUUAUGUGCAAAAGCAAAUCUAAAAAAUAAGAUAUUAUUCUGUUUAGUUGUUACUAAAUUUUGUAUAAGUUAUAUUAAACCAUCACAGCUUUAUUUAAAUAUAAUAAAAGUAUAUUACUUGGUUCUUACAGCUUGAUUGAAUAGGGCAAGUAUUUUAAUAUCUGAAACUAAUAGUAAAUUAAUUGUGAUUUAUCUUUGAGAAUUUGGAAAUCUAGGUUUCAUAGUAUUGUGGAUACCCUUUAAUAUACUUCUCUCUUUCCCUCCAAUUUUCUUUGCUUACACGUAAAGUAUGUGUGUGUGGGAUAUGUACACAUGCAUGUCUCCAACUUCAGCAAAUAUUUGUAAGAUGUACCUACUAUGGAAUAAAUUUAAAGCCUC